CCCGGGGGGCGGCACACUGCAGCCGCCCCGGAGACCCGCCACCCUCCCAGCCGCCGAGCCCAGGAUGCGAGAAUGGCCAGCUCAUCUCUGCCCUCCCUGGUGCCUCUGGGCCCUGAGAGCCUGCGCCCCUUCACCCGGGAGUCCCUGGCAGCCAUAGAGCGGCGGGUGCAGGAGGAGGAGGCCCGGCAGCAGCGGAACAAGCAGAUGGAGAUCGAGGAUCCUGAAAGAAAGCCGCGCAGCGACCUGGAGGCCGGCAAGAACCUGCCCCUCAUCUACGGGGACCCCCCACCGGAGGUCAUUGGCAUCCCCCUGGAGGACCUGGACCCCUAUUACAGCGACAAGAAGACCUUCAUCGUCCUUAACAAGGGCAAGGCCAUCUUCCGCUUCUCUGCUACGCCUGCCCUCUACAUGCUGAGCCCCUUCAGCAUCAUCAGACGCGGUGCCAUCAAAGUGCUCAUCCACUCGCUGUUCAGCAUGUUCAUCAUGAUCACCAUCCUGACCAACUGUGUGUUCAUGACCAUGAGCAACCCGCCUUCCUGGUCCAAGCACGUGGAGUACACAUUCACGGGGAUCUAUACCUUUGAGUCCCUCAUCAAGAUGCUGGCCCGGGGCUUCUGCAUUGACAACUUCACAUUCCUCCGGGACCCCUGGAACUGGCUGGACUUCAGUGUCAUCACCAUGGCGUACCUGACGGAGUUUGUGGACUUGGGCAACAUCUCAGCCCUGAGAACCUUCCGGGUGCUGCGGGCCCUGAAAACCAUCACGGUCAUCCCAGGGCUGAAGACGAUUGUGGGGGCCCUGAUCCAGUCCGUGAAAAAGCUGUCGGACGUGAUGAUCCUCACCGUCUUCUGCCUGAGUGUCUUUGCGCUGGUGGGGCUGCAGCUCUUCAUGGGAAACCUGCGGCAGAAGUGCGUGCGCUGGCCCCCGCCCUUCAAUGACACCAACACCACGUGGUACGCCAACGACACGUGGUACGGCAAUGACACGUGGAACAGCAAUGACACGUGGAACGGCAACGACACGUGGAACAGCAACGACACGGGUAACAGCCAUGAGAGCUGGGCCAGCAACUCGACCUUUGACUGGGAUGCCUACAUCAGUGACGAAGGGAACUUCUAUUUCCUGGAGGGUGCCAAUGACGCCCUGCUCUGUGGGAACAGCAGCGAUGCUGGGCACUGCCCUGAGGGUUACGAGUGUAUCAAGGCUGGGCGGAACCCCAACUACGGCUAUACCAGCUACGACACGUUCAGCUGGGCCUUCCUGGCCCUCUUCCGCCUCAUGACCCAGGACUACUGGGAGAACCUCUUCCAGCUGACCCUUCGAGCUGCUGGCAAGACCUACAUGAUCUUCUUCGUGGUCAUCAUUUUCCUGGGCUCCUUCUACCUCAUUAACCUGAUCCUGGCGGUGGUGGCCAUGGCGUACGCAGAGCAGAACGAGGCCACCCUGGCCGAAGAUCAGGAGAAAGAAGAAGAGUUUCAGCAGAUGCUGGAGAAAUUCAAAAAGCAGCAGGAGGAGCUGGGGAAGGCCAAGCCUGCCCAGGCUCUGGAAGGCGGGGAGGCAGAUGGGGACCCAGCCCACGGCAAGGACUGCAACGGCAGCCUAGACACGUCGCUGGGGGAGAAGGGGCCCCCCCGGCAGAGCUGCAGUGCAGACAGUGGUAUCUCAGAUGCUAUGGAAGAGCUGGAAGAGGCCCACCAGAAGUGCCCACCGUGGUGGUACAAGUGUGCCCACAAAGUGCUCAUAUGGAACUGCUGCACCCCAUGGGUGAAGUUCAAGAACAUCAUCCACCUGAUUGUCAUGGACCCCUUCGUGGACUUGGGCAUUACCAUCUGCAUUGUGCUCAACACCCUCUUCAUGGCCAUGGAGCAUUACCCCAUGACAGAGCACUUUGACAACGUGCUCACCGUGGGCAACCUGGUCUUCACUGGCAUCUUCACAGCAGAGAUGGUACUGAAGCUCAUCGCCAUGGACCCCUACGAGUACUUCCAGCAGGGCUGGAACAUCUUCGACAGUAUCAUCGUCACCCUCAGCCUGGUGGAACUGGGCCUGGCCAACGUGCAAGGGCUGUCCGUGCUCCGCUCCUUCCGACUGCUGCGGGUCUUCAAGCUGGCCAAGUCGUGGCCGACGCUGAACAUGCUCAUCAAGAUCAUUGGCAACUCGGUGGGCGCGCUGGGCAACCUGACGCUGGUGCUGGCCAUCAUCGUGUUCAUAUUCGCCGUCGUGGGCAUGCAGCUGUUUGGCAAGAGCUACAAGGAGUGUGUGUGCAAGAUCGCGGCCGACUGCAGCCUGCCCCGCUGGCACAUGCACGACUUCUUCCACUCCUUCCUCAUCGUCUUCCGCAUCCUGUGCGGGGAGUGGAUCGAGACCAUGUGGGACUGCAUGGAGGUGGCCGGCCAGGCCAUGUGCCUCACGGUCUUCCUCAUGGUCAUGGUCAUCGGCAACCUAGUGGUCCUGAACCUCUUCUUGGCCCUGCUGUUGAGCUCCUUCAGCGCCGACAGCCUGGCCACCUCAGAUGAGGACGGCGAGAUGAACAACCUGCAGAUCGCCAUUGGGCGCAUCAAGUGGGGCAUUGGCUUUGCCAAAGCCUUUCUCCUGGGACUGCUGCAUGGCAAGAUCCUGAGCCCCAAGGAAAUCAUGCUCAGCCUCGGGGAGCCCGGGGAGCCCGGGGAGGCCGGGGAGAGUGCCCCAGAGGACGAGAAGAAGGAGCCGCCACCCGAUGAGGGCGACAAGGACCUGAAGAAGGACAAUCACAUCCUGAACCAUGUGGGCCUGGUUGACGGCCCUCCCCCCAGCAUCGAGCUGGACCACCUCAACUUCAUCAACAACCCCUACCUGACCAUUCACGUGCCCAUUGCCUCCGAGGAGUCCGACCUGGAGAUGCCAACGGAGGAGGAGACCGACACUUUCUCAGAGCCUGAGGAUGGCCAGAAGCCACCGCAGCCCCUCGAUGGGAACUCAUCCGUCUGCAGUACUGCCGACUAUAAGCCCCCCGAGGAGGACCCCGAGGAGCAGGCUGAAGAGAACCCCGAUGGGGAGCAGCCUGAGGAGUGCUUUACGGAGGCCUGCGUGCAACGCUGCCCUAUCCUCUACGUGGACAUCUCCCAGGGCCGUGGGAAGAUGUGGUGGACACUCCGCAGGGCCUGCUUCAAGAUUGUCGAGCACAACUGGUUCGAGACCUUCAUCGUCUUCAUGAUCCUGCUCAGCAGCGGAGCCUUGGCCUUUGAGGACAUCUACAUUGAGCAGCGGCGAGUCAUCCGCACCAUCCUGGAGUACGCCGACAAGGUCUUCACCUACGUCUUCAUCCUGGAGAUGCUGCUCAAGUGGGUGGCCUACGGCUUCAAGGUGUACUUCACCAAUGCCUGGUGCUGGCUCGACUUCCUCAUUGUGGAUGUCUCCAUCAUCAGUCUGGUGGCCAACUGGCUGGGCUACUCGGAGCUGGGACCCAUCAAAUCCCUGCGGACGCUGCGGGCCCUGCGUCCCUUGAGGGCGCUGUCCCGAUUUGAGGGCAUGAGGGUGGUAGUGAAUGCCCUCUUGGGAGCCAUCCCCUCCAUCAUGAAUGUGCUGCUUGUCUGCCUCAUCUUCUGGCUCAUCUUCAGCAUCAUGGGUGUCAACCUGUUUGCCGGCAAGUUCUACUACUGCAUCAACACCACCACCUCUGAGAGGUUUGACAUCUCCGAGGUCAACAACAAGUCUGAGUGUGAGAGCCUGAUGCACACAGGCCAGGUCCGCUGGCUCAACGUCAAAGUCAACUAUGACAACGUGGGUCUAGGCUACCUCUCCCUCCUGCAGGUGGCCACCUUCAAGGGCUGGAUGGACAUCAUGUAUGCGGCCGUGGACUCCCGGGAGAAGGAAGAACAGCCCCAGUAUGAGGUGAACAUCUACAUGUACCUCUAUUUUGUCAUCUUCAUCAUCUUUGGGUCCUUCUUCACCCUCAACCUCUUUAUCGGCGUCAUCAUCGACAACUUCAACCAGCAGAAGAAGAAGUUUGGAGGGAAAGACAUCUUCAUGACGGAGGAACAGAAAAAAUACUACAACGCCAUGAAGAAGCUUGGCUCCAAGAAGCCUCAGAAGCCAAUUCCCCGGCCCCAGAACAAGAUCCAGGGCAUGGUGUACGACUGCGUGACCAAGCAGGCGUUCGACAUUGCGAUCAUGAUCCUGAUCUGCCUCAACAUGGUCACCAUGAUGGUGGAGACAGAUGACCAGAGUCAGCUCAAAGUGGACAUCCUCUACAACAUCAACAUGGUCUUCAUCAUCGUCUUCACCGGCGAGUGCGUGCUCAAGAUGCUCGCCCUGCGCCAGUAUUACUUCACCGUCGGCUGGAACAUCUUCGACUUCGUGGUGGUCAUCCUGUCCAUCGUGGGCCUCGCGCUCUCUGACCUGAUCCAGAAAUACUUCGUGUCUCCCACACUGUUCCGGGUGAUCCGCCUGGCCCGGAUUGGGCGUGUCCUGCGGCUGAUCCGUGGGGCCAAGGGCAUCCGGACUCUGCUCUUUGCCCUCAUGAUGUCCCUGCCGGCCCUCUUCAACAUCGGCCUCCUCCUCUUUCUGGUCAUGUUUAUCUACUCCAUCUUCGGCAUGUCCAACUUUGCCUACGUCAAGAAGGAGUCGGGCAUCGACGACAUGUUCAACUUUGAGACCUUUGGCAAUAGCAUCAUCUGCCUCUUCGAGAUCACCACGUCGGCUGGCUGGGACGGGCUCCUCAACCCGAUCCUCAACAGCGGGCCCCCCGACUGUGACCCGACACUCGAGAACCCGGGCACCAGCGUCAGGGGCGACUGUGGCAACCCCUCCAUCGGCAUCUGCUUCUUCUGCAGCUACAUCAUCAUCUCCUUCCUCAUCGUGGUCAACAUGUACAUCGCCAUCAUCCUGGAGAACUUCAACGUGGCCACCGAGGAGAGCAGCGAGCCCCUCGGCGAGGACGACUUCGAGAUGUUCUACGAGACGUGGGAGAAGUUCGACCCCGAUGCCACGCAGUUCAUUGCCUACAGCCGCCUCUCGGACUUCGUGGACACCCUGCAGGAGCCGCUGAGGAUCGCCAAGCCCAACAAGAUCAAGCUCAUCACGCUGGACCUGCCCAUGGUGCCGGGGGACAAAAUCCACUGCCUGGACAUCCUCUUUGCCCUCACCAAGGAGGUCCUGGGUGACUCUGGGGAAAUGGACGCUCUCAAGGAGACCAUGGAGGAGAAGUUCAUGGCCGCCAACCCCUCCAAGGUCUCCUACGAGCCCAUCACCACCACCCUCAAGAGGAAGCACGAGGAGGUGUGUGCCAUCAGGAUCCAGAGGGCCUACCGCCGGCACCUGCUCCAGCGCACGGUGAAGCAGGCGUCCUACAUGUACCGCCACAGCCAGGACGGUAGUGGGGACGGUGGCCCGGAGAAGGAGGGCCUGAUCGCCGCCACCAUGGGCAAGACGUACGGCCACGAGAAUGGGAGCCGCGGCGUGCCGAGCACGGGUGAGGAAAGGGGCUCGACAGGGGACGCCGGACCUGCCAUCGGGCUCACGCCCAUGAGCCCCUCGGAUGCUGCCCUCCCUCCCCCCCCACCCCUGGGGCAGACAGUGCGCCCAGGGGUCAAAGAGUCUCUUGUCUAGUAGCAACGGCGAGGUAGCCAGCUGAGCCUGGCACGGCACCCCCAAAACUCCCUCCUGGUGCCUGCUUGCCGAGGGAGCAGGCUUUGAGUCUGCGGCUGACUGGCUCCCUGUCGGGGACAGGUUGUGGCCACACUGGGGCUGACACCCAGGCCAUGGAAAAUGGGAAUUGCCCUCGGAGGCUCCACCCUGGGCCUGAGGC